AUGCCAUCAACAACGACCAACAAAGCCAAUAGCACACGCCCAUACUACCAGGGAGAUGUAGACUUUGAUGUUCUGGCCGCUCAAGAUCCAGACUUUUCGGCGCUCUGUCAGCGAUCGAAGAACAAGCGAUGGAUUGACUUUCAGGACCCGGAGGUCGUGCAACAACUGACUCGGAGUCUACUGAAGGUAGACUUUGGCCUCAAGAUCCAGCUUCCAGAUGAUAGACUAUGCCCACCAGUACCGGUGCGAUGGAACUAUGUCCGCUGGAUUCAGGAACUGCUGGAUACUACGAGCGAGGAGUACAGUGAGACAUACGAUCAGGACCGCGAUGUGGUAGGCCUUGACAUUGGGGUAGGUGCUUCUUGCAUCUACCCUCUGCUCGCCUGCUCCUCCCGUCCGGAGUGGCGUAUGGCUGGGACAGACAUCGACCCUUACUCAUCCGAAUAUGCUCGCCGGAAUGUCGAAGCGAACGCUCUAUCCAAGCAGGUUCGGCUCGUCAUGUCUAAGUCGGAUGCUGCACUCGUCCCGGUCGAUGCCAUGAAGGUGGAGGAGCUGGACUUCCUCAUGACCAACCCUCCUUUCUACGACUCGCACGAGGACAUGCAGGAGAGCUAUGUCGGUAAGGAUGCACCUUCGUCUGCUGUCUGUACAGGCGCAGAAAAUGAAAUGAUUUGUCCCGGUGGGGAUGUCGGCUUCGUAACACGCAUCCUGGAGGAAAGCCUGCAGCUACGAGAGCGAGUGCAGUGGUAUACGGCUAUGUUGGGUAAGAUGUCGAGUCUGCAGCAGAUUGUGGCAAAGCUGAAAGAGAAUGGUAUCAGUAACUAUGCUGUGACGUGCUUGCAGGCUGGCCACCGUACGAAGCGAUGGGCAGUAGCUUGGAGUUACAGAGACUAUAGGCCCAGGAAUGAUGUGGCAAGGCACGGCGACCUGGUGCAUGCAGUACUGCCCCUUCCUACGGCGCAGAGUAUCGCAGUGCCACUCAUGAGCGCCGCUUGGGCUGGUAAUAAGGUUGAUGGUGUGCUGUCGAAGCUGGAAGUGAAGUGGAUGUGGCGAGGGCGGUCUGCAACAGGAGUGAUGGAGGCGAGGGAAAAUGUCUGGUCAAGGGCGGCUAGGCGGAAGAAGCAAUUCGAUUCACCGGAUGUGCCAGGAUCGAGGGGAUCCAAGGUGAAAGAGGAUGAGCAGGAGCCGGCGACAGUGGGCUUGGCUGUGAAGAUCUAUUGCAAGGAGGAGGUGGUCGAGCUCCGUUGGCUGAAGGGACAGGAUCAUGUGCUGUUCCAGUCGCUUUGCGGGUUGCUGAAGCGGGCUCUUACUGGACGCGACUAG